AUGUCCCCCUUCAAAAAAUAUAAUAGUGUUCCUUUCUCUAUGAGGAGACAGUUUUCUACAACUGCAUACAAAGUACAAACAUGGAAUAAAAGGUUCUAUCAUUAUUGCAGGGUUCGAAUCAUGAUGUCUGCAGCUGCAGAGCAGGUGGCCGGUGGCUUCUCAUCAGCAGUUAUCCAGCGUGCUGUUGACAAGGUGAUUGACUUCCUUGAGAGCAACUAUAAUCUGAGCCAUGCUACUGAAGAGCUUUUGACCAAACUCCACACAAGCCUCACCAUGGUGAAGGCCAUCACCGAGGUCGCUGAUAACCAGCUUAUCACCAGCACUAGUCUUACCAAGUGGCUAAGGAACCUCCAUGAUGCUGCCUAUGAAGCUGAGGAUGUGCUUGACAAGUUUGACUGUCAAGACAUUGUCCUCGGAAAGCGCAAGAUGAGCGAGCUCGUUUCGUCGUCGAUUAGGGCCCUUAAAAGUUUGGUUGUACCUGAUGAGAGCAUGAAAAGGCUUGAAUAUGUUGUGCAGAAGCUAGAUCACCUCUGUGCAACCUCCAACACAUUUCUGGAGCUCUUAAAGCAGAGUAGUUCAUCAUCCAUCAAGGAGGGAGUUGGGGGAGAGACUACUUCUCGUGUUCCAGUUGAUGUCAAGCUGUUUGGACGCGAUGAAGUUCUAGAGUUGAUACUGAGAAUUAUUUUGGGUUCAUCUGGCUCUGAACCAGAAUCCAGCAGCAUAAGAGCAAAACAUGGGGCAAGGUACACCAUUGGUGGUAUUGAUGUCAUCCCAAUUGUUGGUAUGAGCGGGGUUGGGAAGACAACCCUUGCUCAAGUCAUUUACAAUCAUGAAAAUGUGAAGGGUCACUUUGGGCACAGAGCAUGGGUGUAUGUUUCAAAACAUUUCGGAGUGAAAAGGACGUUGCAGGAGAUGUUGUGCUCCAUUAAAGGAAAUGAUUCAUCUUUUGACCGUGCUGAUAGUCUAGAGACAGUUGUCAACAAUAUUCAAAAUGUCAUCCGGCAUGGAAGAUUCUUUCUUGUGCUUGAUAGUGUUUGGGAUGAGAUGUGUGAUCAGUGGAGUAGUUUGCUUACUGCCAUAGCUGGUGAAGUACCGGGAAGUGUAAUUCUUGUCACAACACAAAGCAAAAGGGUUGCAGACACAGUAGCAACAAUGUGUCAAGUUCCACUAGCACCUUUGCCAUGGGAGAGUUUUUGGUCAGCUUUCCAGUAUUAUGCUUUUGGCACCACCGGUCCUGUGGCAGAGAACAAUCAGACUCUUCUGUUAAUUGGAAAUUACUUGUUUGAUAAAGAUAGAUUGGUCAAUAUGUGGAUUUCUCACGAUUUCAUUGAACAAAGCGAAUCUGGUGGCACUAGAUUAGAGGACGUUGGAGGUAAAUUGUUUGAUGAACUUGUGCAAAGAUCAUUUUUCCAGGCUACAUUUGAUAAAAGGAGGUACACUAUGCACGAUCUAGUACGGGCUCUGGCAAUUGGUGUUUCUUCAUAUGAAUGUUUUCUCCACAAAGAGACCUCACGCAGAGCAUCACCAACUGCUCGCCAUUUGGCUCUGCAAGUUAGUAAUCAACUGCACAUUCAUGAACUCAACAAGUAUAAAAAUCUGCGGACAAUCUUACUGUUUGGUCAUUGUGACAGUACUGAAAUUUGUGAUGUUGUUGACAAUAUGUUAGCCAACUCAAGAAGCAUUCGAGUUUUAGACUUAUCUUAUUUGGAAGUGCUGACAAAUAUGCCUGCCCACAUUUCAUCCUUAAAGAAAUUGAGGUUCUUUGAUCUUUCUUUCACAAGAGUCAAUAAUUUGCGCAACUUCCCUUGUAAUCUUCAUGCUUUAUACCUCCGUGGAUAUACCCGCAAUUCUAUUCCUCAAAGUGUUAAUACACUCGCCAAUUUGCGGCACUUGUAUGUUGACGCUACAGCUCUCUCUUUGAUUCCUGGUAUUGGGCAACUGAGUCAACUUCAAGAAUUGGAGAACUUCAGUGUUGGAAAGAGAAACGGAUUCAUGAUAAAUGAAUUGAAAAACAUGCAAGAGCUAUCUGGGAAAAUUUGCAUAAGCAAUAUCCACGUCAUUAAGAACACACUUGAGGCAGCCGAUGCCAAUAUGAUUGGGAAGAAACACCUUGAAGCCUUGGUGUUGAAGGGGAGAAAUGUAUCCAAAGAUGUACUUGAAGGAUUGCAGCCACACUCAAAUCUUCAAGAGCUCAUGAUCGAAGGUUACGGGGCCACAACUUUACCUAGCUGGAUCUUGCAAGGCCACAUCUUCACAAAACUGCAGUCUAUUCAUGUUGGAAGCUGCCGACUUCUAGCUGUACUUCCGCCAUUUGGAAAAUUCGCUUCACUCAAGCAUCUCACUCUUGAUAACUUGCCAUCGGUGAAGCAUGUUGAUGGAACACAUUUUGGUUGCCUCCCAAAUUUGGAGGACUUCAAAGUUUCUUCGAUGACAUCUUGGAUAGAUUGGUCACAUGCAGAAGAAGAUCAUGGCCCUCUCCUUCCACAUCUCACAAGGUUUGAACUUCACAAUUGUCCUUUACUGGAAAAAGUGCCCAACCUAUCAUCCAUGUCUUCAUUGUCAGAACUUAACAUUUCAGCUUGUGGGAACUUUGCCAAGGCACUCCCACAAUAUGUAGGACUAUUAGCAUGUCUCAAAAAAUUAAGGAUAUCUUACUGUGAUCACCCACUGCUAUUCUCUGGGCAUCAGUUGAAGUCACUGGAUUAUCUACAUCUUCGAAAAUGUGGAUCUCUACGUUUGAUUGAUGGGCUACAAUGUUUUCCCAACCUCAGGGAUAUUGAUGUUCUUGGUUGUCCUGGCAUUCUUACUGAAUUACAAGACCAAUCGGUUAGACAAGAUGAGCAGGAUUUACUUCAUCUUAGCAGUAUAGUUACAGAUAUUAGCUUGCUAAAUAAGAACUUUUUUGUCCCCUCAGUGUGUGCUCUGUGCAUCGUUUAUCUGGAGGCCCUUCAUUUUACCCCAGAGCAGGAGGAGUGGUUUGGACAACUAAUAUCUGUCGAAAAAAUCGAGUUUGCUUACUGCUAUUUUCUGCAACGACUCCCUUCUACACUAAACAGACUUACCUCCUUAAAAGUACUUAGUAUCAGGGAGACAAAACCCCUGUCGCUGGAAGGAGUUGUGCCACAGAACCUCCAAGAAUUGAUUAUGGAUGGCUUCGUCAUGGAAGACAAUUUCAAACCUGGAGGAUCAGAUUGGCUGAACAUCUCUCAUGUUCCAUACAUUCGGCUUAAUGGGAAGACAGUCCAAAACCUGUCAAUUAAUGCUGCUUCAUCGUCUUCAAACCACCAAAUUUGA